AAAACGGUCACACUGCACAUCAGCAGCGUGUUGCGGCCAAAACGGAUCUGUAGGAAAACAACCAGAAAUUGGCCGAUUUAAGAGCAAUUAUAUAGUCGAAUUGCAUUUCAUUGCUGCGGGCGCGUACUAGAGUGAUGCGGAGAUGUGCGCCGACCUUGCCGGGAGCCACUGCCGCCGCUGUUCCACCCACCGACCCCCAAAAGUCGCGUCAACACGUCACCGUUCGAGCCAAUUAAAGACUUGCAUUCCCGUGCCGCGAGCCCCCGAUCGGCCCUAGAUAAGGAUUACGUGUAUAUGCGCGUACGAUGGGCAUGCAGGACGACCUGGAUGGCAUCUUCAGGCAGCGUCGCCGGAACCUGAGCCUCCUGCAGCUAAUAGCGCUCACCAUGGCGGGCUUGGCGGCCCUAGAUCCCGUCCAGGUGAGAGCGGGGAACUUAAACGCUGAUUCGGAUAUCCAAACGGCGGGAUUACCCAAUCGCCCUGCAAUCGCGCACUGCGUGGAUCAGGAAGAACGCCGGAUCGGACGGAGACUCCUUUACAUAACCACACUGGACGGACGACUGAGCGCCCUGGACAUCGCCAAGUCCGGAAAACUACGCUGGAGCGUACCUACCGGUCCCGGGCCGCUGAUCUCGUCCAGCAUCCACCGCCUCGAGCUGACCAACAAUGGCCAGUUCGUGCGUAUGAUUCCCUCACUGAGCGGCGGCAUUUACAAGUUCGACGGCGACUCCAUCGAUCCCAUUCCGAUCACGGCGGAGCACCUGCUCAGCUCGAGUGCCAAGUUCAGCGACGAUCUGGUGAUAUCCGGGGGCAAAGAGACUCGGUCCUACGGCGUUUCCGUUCGCACAGGCCAACUACUAUAUGAGUGCUCUCUAAAUGGCUGUGUGAACUCCACGGAGGAUGGACUGGCCAUUGAUGACACAAUCAGGGAACCCGAUGAAGAGGAUCAGCAGGAGGAUAGCGACCAGCUCAGGGACAAGGACGGCUACGUUGUGGGCCAUGAUACGCUCCUUGAUGACGUGAUCGUGGUGCGUCGCCAGACGCAAACGGUCCGGGCUGUGGAAUCCCGCACCGGGAUGGAGCGUUGGAACUUUAGCGUGGGUCAGCAUGAGCUGGACCUGGUUCGACCUUCCGAGUGCCAGCUGCAGGCGCGCGAUGAGCUGGAGCUGGCCGUCCUGGACGUGGACAUUAAGGUGGUGGUGCCCGAGGGCAUUAUAUGCGCCUUUAGCAAGAGUGAUCCACAGACCAUGCUAUGGAAGUACAAGUUCGAUCACCCAAUUGUGAGUGCCUGGAACACCGAUGCCGCAGACGAACUGAAGCCUAUUGAUUUGUUUAGCUCCGCCCAGUGGCUGUGGGACCAGGACCAAAACCAGGAGGACAGGGAGCUGCCCAUUAACCCGCAGAGCGCACCGUCAAUCUACUUGGGCAUGUACGAUAAACAGUUGUAUAUCCAAGAGUCCAUCCGUCUACGUCAGGAGAUUAUGGACCAGACGAAGGUCUAUCAGCAGCUCACGGGGGACACCAGCCUGAUGCCCAGGAUCCCCUGGAAGCCAAUAGCGGCCAGCAGCAACUCAUUGGUCAUCUUUCGAAAAGAUGAAGAUCAGCCCGAGCUGAUUGGUGAGGGAACGGGUGCCCAAGCAGGAGAACUGGUGCCUUAUGAUGACCAGAAUUUCGCCGUGGCAGCGCAGUCCGUAUUGAAUGCCUCGGAGUUUGUGAAUGGCAACGGUUUUUACUUGUACACCACCGGAGAUCUGGAUGGUCCAUCGGAGUGCGGCACACAAAGUUCUCCUGGUGGCGUCGCCGCGAUCGAAGCACCUGCGCCACCCAGCAACGCCACAUCCGAGGGAACGGUCAGCUCUAGCAACAAUAGCAUCAACAGCGACCUGGGCUUUAGUUUGGACGACAUCGAUGCUCCCGUGAAGGUGGUCAUACUCUCGCUGUGGUUCUGGUGGAAGGAAAUCGUGGUCAUCGCAUUCACCUCGGCAGUAAUCCUUAACAUCUUCAUGGGACAGCGAAACCAACGAGUGGAGCGAGAGUAUCUGGUCAUUGAACGCCAUGUGCCAGUACAAACGGCCAUCGAGGCCACCGAAGCAUCCACACAGGCUCUCCUGGGUCCCGUGGUGCCUAUGCAGCGUCCCGGAAAUCGUUUUAGCUUCCCAUCCGGCGGCGUAAACCAGCGCACCAUUUCGGAGUCUACAACGCACUCAGGCGAGCAUUACACAUCGCGCUUCCAGUCGGACUUCGAGCUGAUGCAGUGCCUCGGUCGUGGUGGCUUCGGUGUGGUGUUUGAGGCCAAGAACAAGCUAGAUGAGAACCGGUACGCCAUUAAGCGCAUUACGUUGCCCAAUAAGGAGUCUUCCAGGCAGCGAGUCCUGCGCGAGGCUCGCACAUUGGCCAGUUGCGAGCAUCACAACAUCGUACGCUACUUCCACUCCUGGACCGAAACUCCGCCAACUGGUUGGCAGGAAGAAGAGGAUCGCAAGCUGCUCGCCCACGAGCUGUCCACCUCUAUUCAGAUAGAGACGCCGGACGAAAGUACUAUGCCCUCGUUGGCGGAGCAGUUGCAGGAGAAACGCCAACAGCAGCUCAUGUCCUGGGUCUCGGAUGCGGCUAAUAGCACGGCCUGCAGCCAUGAUUUUCACGGACACGGCGACUCAUCACUUCGGAACAUCAGGGAGGAGUAUGACGACGAUGAGGACGAUUCGCUCAUUGAGUUCCGCAGCGAAUCACAGUCGGCAGCUUUGAGGGCAGGAGAGGACGAUGAUGAUGAUGAUGAUGACGAUGACGAGGACGAUGAUGAGAACGUAGAGGUGCAGGAAGACAAGAGGCACCAUCGCAGCUCUGUGUCCAUCGACAUCCAUUCGGCGUCGUUCGACCUAAAGAACAUUAACUACUCACAGCACCAGUUGGUGUCCAACUCCUUUCAAAUCGAAUCUGUACGCCCUAAAAGCGAUGGCAGUGAAGGUACGGAUGAUGAUAAUAAAGUUCGAAGGAAGCCCCUCACCCUGGCGCUGGCCCAGAACCACAACAACAACAACAACGGCAGCCAUCCGACGCCACCGAGUGCUACGAUGCAAAACGGAACGGUGGCCAGGCCCAGCAAAGUGUACCUCUACAUCCAGAUGCAACUGUGCCGCAAAGAGAGUCUGCGCGACUGGCUAAGGGACAAUCGUUCGGAGGCCAGAUCUGCCCACAUUGCUGACAUCUUCCAUCAGAUUGUGGACGCCGUGGACUAUGUGCAUCUGAAGGGCCUGAUUCAUCGGGACCUCAAGCCGAGCAACAUAUUCUUUUCGCAGGACGGGCAGAUCAAGAUUGGUGACUUCGGACUGGUUACCGACAUGGCGGAUAUUCCCAACCUGGUGGCCAAGUGCGGGGACCAAAGCGGCCUGCCCUCCUGUGCACGGCACACCCAGCAGGUGGGAACCCACUUGUAUAUGUCGCCGGAGCAACUUCUUGGCCAUCACUACGACUACAAGGUGGACAUUUACUCGCUGGGCCUGAUCUUCUUCGAACUGCACGUGUACUUCAGCACCGAAAUGGAGCGCAUCAAGACGCUGCGUAACCUUCGGGACGGCCAGUACCCGAAGAAUUUCGGCAUCGAUCAUCCGCGGCAGUACGAGUUGCUUAAGCAGAUGCUUUCCGCUCAGCCAGAGCAGCGUCCGCAGACGAAGCAGCUAAAAAGCCAGCUGCAUGACAUCCUGCAACUACCACCCCAUCUGUCGGACGGACGCAGCGAGCAGGCGGUGCUGGCAGAGCGGGCCAGACGCCUGAGUCGCAGCCGCACCUUCAGCAGCUCCAGCGAGCCGCAUCAGUGAUAGACCAGGCCACACAUGCCACUUGCUUGGACACCCGUUUGAUGGGCGCCAAGUUCAGUCAUCAGUUAGCAUUUCGCUUGUAAGUCAUCUCUACCGCUCUACCGGUUGUCCCUCACCUGGCUAUGCCGCAUUCGCUGACCUCGGCCCGGAUACGGCGAAGAUUCAUUUAAUGCGUAACUCUAGAUUCGAUAUGUUUGUAUUACGUUCACCUUUUAAACUCUUGCGUGUCGCAAAUUACCAACAACAAAAUGUCCUUUUUUUUAAGACUUAAUGUUAGGACUUUACACAUACAUAUAUAUAAAGAUGUACUCCAAAAACAGUCGUUAGACUAAGUUGAUGACCUACGAUACUAAAUUGUUUGUCUUAGUUUGUUUCUACCUAUGCAGCCCAAUCGAUAGGAAAGUUUGUUUUUAGUCGUAGGCGAUAAGAACUAAAAUAAAAAUUUCAAAAACAGAAA